CGUCGCAGCACGUACAGAGUCUGGAGUAGGCACAGACGCGACUGUAUGCACGACGUAAUAAUUAGUUUAAUUCUCAAGUUCAAAGUAAACGGACGUUUAUCUCGACCGAGAAACUAUAUAUAGCCUUAUGUUCUACCGUUACAUUUUCGUGAUUUCCCAUCACUUAAUGAAAACAACACAUUACAUCGUAAGAUAAACAAUAUGGUUGGAAAUGAGAAUGGCACAACGGAGCAUGAUUUGAAAAGUGAUUUACAUAAAAUAAAUAGCAUCAAAUCACAAAAUCCUUGUCAAGUAAUUUCUCGGUUCACUAAAGAAGAUUCCCCUCACGUGGAAAGAGUAAAAUUUGAAGGCUUAGAAAAUCAGAGUAUUUAUUCAGAUGAGAUUGAUGAAAACAAGCUGCCACCUAUUCCUGACGGUGGUUGGGGAUGGGUCGUUGUGUUUUCUGCCUUCUUGGUUUCCGCAUGUGCUGAUGGACUAGCAUACUCGUUCGGAAUAUUGCAUGAAGAAUUUACAAAUUAUUUUGAUGAAUCCCAGUCAAAAACAUCAUUAAUUGGCAGUCUAUUUAUAGCGAUACCAUUAAUAUCUGGACCGAUAAUGAGCGCGUUAGUUGAUCGAUAUGGCUGUAGAAUUAUGACUAUGAUAGCUGGCGUUUUAUCUGCGAUUGGUUUCUUAUUAGCAUCCCUUUGCAAUUCUGUUGAAAUGCUUUGUCUGACUAUGGGAUUGCUAAGUGGCUUUGCAAUGGGAAUCUUGUACGUUACCUCGGUUGUAUCAGUUGCUUUCUGGUUUGAUAAGCGAAGGACCUUAGCAGUGUCUCUAGCAUCGUGUGGAAUUGGGUUUGGUACAUUGAUAUAUUCACCCUUGACAAAUUUCUUUAUAGAACUAUAUGACUGGAGAAACACUUUAGUUUUAUUAGCAGGCACUAUAUUAAAUAUGUGUGUAUGUGGUGCUCUAAUGAGAGAUCCUGAUUGGUUGAUAAUAAAGGAAGCAAGGGAAAGAAGACAAGCAAAGUCAAGGUCAAGGAAAUCUUCAAGUGCUGGUUCCGUUUCCUCGAGAUCUAUUGGCGGAGAGUCGGCGUUUUUAAGCGCUGAAGAACUGAAUGAUUUAUUGAAGAGUGGAAAGAGUCCUGAAUAUAUACUUGCUACUUUGGCGACGUCAUUAGCUGAAGCUGAGCAGUUAGAAGCAACAACACAGAUGAACGUAGAACAAUCACGUAAAAGGGUGCAUUCAGCUAUACAACUCCCCACUUUCAUUCAGAGACAUGAUGAGGUACCUGCAGAAGUAAUUGAAAAAUUUAUUACAAAUAAAAAACUUUACAACAUAAUAUUACAAAAUUAUCCUCAUUUACUUAUAAGAAGACGAUCUGAGGUCAAUUUACAACUGGACACGCAUGUCCAAAAUAAUGAAGUCCCCAUGAAAGUAACAAUAAUAGCCAAACGAACCCAUACAAAUCAUGAUGCAAAUAAAACCAAAAGAGGAGAUAUUAAGAUAGAAGUCAAUCGAAAUGCUACAGGUAAUGAUAUCAGUGUUAAUAAAGCCAAAGAAGAAAAACUUACUAUAAAAGAGCAAGUAAAAGGUACGGAAGGCAAAAGUAUUGUGAACGACCACACGAACAAGAUGCCAGAACAGACAAAUUGGUUAUCUAGGCAAUUGUAUACAGAUCACCAUUAUUUGAGAGAUAUGCCGUUGUACCGGAACACCAUAAUGUACCGAGGAGCAAUGAUGAAUAUCCCUAGAUAUAAGCUGAGAGCAUCGUCCUUGCCAGAUAUUUAUAGAAAUUCGUCGUGGUCUCUUAAUUCUUAUUAUUCAGAUGAUGAAAUGAGGUGGUAUGAACGCGUAUUGGACAUCUUAAAAUCAACAUAUGAUAAGAGAAUGUUCAUGGAGUUCCACUUCCUCGUUUUCAACCUCGGCUCCCUCCUAUUGUUCGUGUGGUCCAUUAUACCGUACUUUUUCUUGAAGUCCUAUAUGACCGCGAUGGACAUCGAAGGAGGAGCCGUGAUGAUCGGUAUUAUUGGGAUUGCAAGCGGAGUCGGAAUUGUUGGUCUUGGUUGGGCUGGAGAUCAACCCUGGAUAAACGUGACGAAGACAUACGCCAUCUGCCUUGUUAUCUGCGGACUAUCUGUGGGGGCUUAUCCCCUCUUCAUCACGAACUUCUGGGCUCUUACUAUCAUAUCAUCAGUAUUCGGUGUCUCCUACGCGAGCUCUUACUCCUACACCCCUGCUAUCCUCAUGGAGCUCAUGCCCAUCGACUACUUCACAAUAGCGUACGGAUUCAUAUUGCUGAGUCAAGGACUUGGCCAUCUAAUCGGCCCACCCCUUGGUGGUCUCAUCUUCGAUCUCACUGGAAGUUGGGACCUAACAUUCUACGUCGGAGGUGUUUGGCUCAUCCUGUCAGGACUCAGUAUUGGUAUAAUACCCUACACGAAAAACAGAAGAAUCUGGGGUAAGGGUAUUCUGCUUAAAGAUCUAGAAGAGGCGGAAAGCAACAAGAAUUCUGUUUGAACCAAAGAAACAUAAACUAAGCCCUCACAGGAGACAAGGUUGUUUGCCACUCCAGGUGUGUUGUUACUAUAUAUAAUAACAGAAAUAAAAAUUUAAAGAAAA